AUGACCCUGCACUGCCCGGGUCACCUCUUCCCAGGGUCCCCCCUCUACCACCUGCUCUAUAUAAACCCCGGGACUGAGACAGACCCACCAGUCCCAGCCCCUGGAUUUGUACCAAGGAUGCUGCUGCUGCUGCUGCUCUCCACAGCCUUUCUCCCACUGCCUGCAGCCUUUCUCCUGCCCCCGAGGCUUCAUGCUGCUCGGGUCAUCAGGGGCCAGGAAGCCCCACUUGGCUCCACACCCUACAUGGCCUACGUGCAAACCGGGUCAACGGGAAGCUGCGGAGGGUUCCUGAUCCGGGAGGAUGUGGUGGUGACGGUGGCUCAUUGUAACUGCAACCUGGGCAACAUCUUUGUCUACCUGGGAGUCCAAGACUUCAUGAAGCCAAGACAGAACUGGCAACGGAUCCGGGCCCGUCGCUGGGUUCAGCACCCUGGCUUCAACAAUGAGAACUUUGACAAUGACAUCAUGCUGCUGAAGCUGUGGCACAACGCGGAGCUGACUGAGUGGGUGGGUCUUGUCCCCCUGCCGGAGGCUGAUCACCACGUCAGCCCAGGCUCCAAGUGCAGCAUGGCCGGGUGGGGUCAGACCGGAGUGAACACCAUCACCAGCAGGCUGCAUGAGGCAGAGCAGGACGUGGUGUCGGACAGCCUGUGCAGAAAGCAGUAUCGGCAUUACAACCCCACCACCAUGCUGUGCGCCGGCAGCCCCCACGCCAAUAAAUCAGCCUCCCAGGGCGAUUCCGGCGGGCCCCUGGUGUGCAACGGGGUGGUCCAGGGCAUUGUCUCCAAUGGAAAUCCGGAUGGGCGACCCCCCAGUAUAUACACGAGAAUCUCCAAAUUCAUCCCCUGGAUCAACGAAACUCUGCAGAAGCUGAGUUAA